AUGAGAGCUGCCUACCUCUUCCUGCUGGUCCUGCCUGGCCUGCUGGCUCAGGGCCAAUAUGACCUGGACCCCCUGCCUCCAUUCCCUGACCACGUCCAGUACACUCACUACAGCGACCAAAUAGAUAGCCCAGACUACUAUGACUAUCAAGAGGCGACCCCUCGGCCCCCCGAGGAGCAGUUCCAGUUCCAGUCCCAGCAGCAAGUCCAACAGGAAGUCAUUCCAGCCCCAACACCAGAACCAGGAAACACAGAGACGGAGCCCACAGAGCCUGGACCUCUUGAUUGCCGCGAGGAACAGUACCCAUGCACCCGGCUCUACUCCAUCCACAAGCCCUGUAAACAGUGUCUUAAUGAGGUCUGCUUCUACAGCCUCCGCCGUGUGUACGUCAUCAACAGGGAGAUCUGUGUCCGCACAGUCUGUGCCCACGAGGAGCUCCUCCGAGCUGACCUAUGUCGUGACAAGUUCUCCAAGUGUGGUGUGAUGGCCAGCAGUGGCCUGUGCCAGUCUGUGGCAGUCUCCUGCGCUCGGAGUUGUGGGGGCUGCUAG